AUAGGGGUGAGCGUAUCACGAAUAAGUCACAUGCAUUCGUCUGAUGGAAUUAAAAGUGUUAUUUAUUAGUCACAUCGCUACAAAGCAGUGGUAUGGGCAUUGGUCACAAUAGAGCCACUCGCUCACCAGAUACUGACCUGGCGUGAACUUCCCUGUGACUUGUGAGUUGUGACAGUGAUAAUGAGUGCGCGGAGUGGUUCGAAGACCCAUCACGUCGAGGAAAUAAAAAUACCAGUACCAUGGGGCGAAGUAGCGGGGCGGUGGUGGGGACCGAAGGACAGGCAACCAAUAUUGGCGACCCACGGUUGGCAGGACAACGCUGGCACGUGGAACCGGCUGAUCCCACUACUGCCACCAACACUCUCCGUCCUGUGUAUAGACUUGCCCGGGAUGGGGCUCUCAUCACACUACCCCAAAGGAAUGGUUUACUACAAAUAUUGGGACGGACUCGUGCUUUUAAGACGAAUCGUGAAGCAUUUCAAAUGGGAGAAGGUCGUUCUAAUGGGGCAUUCGUUGGGUGGUUCCAUAAGCUUCAUGUACGCUGCCAUGUUCCCAGAUGAUAUAGACAGACUUAUCUGCGUCGAUAUAGCGAGCCCGGCGAUGCAAACGACAGAAGAUACCAUCAAGGUCGCUAGCACUUCUAUCGAUCAGAUGCUGAGGUACGAAAACUUCAAGAACAACGCCCUAUCGGAGUCCUACGAGGAGAUGAUAGAUAUGGUCGUCGAGGCGUACGCGGGUUCGAUAUCGAGGGAGAACUGUAAGGUUAUGAUGGAGAGGGGGAUGUCACGAAACGUGUUCAGAGGGAAAGUCGGUUACUAUUUCAACAGGGACCCAAAACUGAAAUUUUCAUCGUUGGGCCUAAUCUCCAUAGAGGAGGCGUUAGAGAUGGUCAAAAAGAUAAAGUGUAGGAUAUUGAAUAUAAAAGCGAACCCCGCUCCGAAUAUUUCUCAUACUUUCUACGAGUAUUACGAUAAGGUAUUGGUCGCUCUGCAGGAGAGCACAGAUGUGACGUUUGUGGAAGUGGAUGGGACGCACCAUGUGCAUUUAGAAGCGCCCGAGAGGAUUGUUGCACAUGUGCACGCGUUUAUAGAAGAUCUUUGUUAGACUGAUAAGGGAGACAUAGUAAAAUGAGCUAGGAACAAGUUUGUGUCUGUUGGACUUUAAUGUUAUGAGUUUUGGAUAAUUUAAAAUGCUGCCGUGACCUUGAAAACUAUUAUUGAUGGAAACGAAACAUUGAAACACCAAAUAAUUAAAUCAAAUUAGGAAAUGUUACAGGUGUGCGUGAGCCUGACCUAUAAGUUGAGGUGAGACGCAUAUUAAACACUAGAUGACGCCCGCAACUCCGUUACGCCAAAAC